GAAUAGGACAAGAAGAAGAACAGCGCACCACUGUUUUGAUAAGUCAAAAAUAAUAAACCCGUUGCCAUGGCUAAGUUUACGUUAACCUUUUAUUUGUGUGUGAUUUUGCAUUAAUGUUUUGGUUAUGGAACGACACCCGAUAACAAAUUGUGAAGAUUUCGAGAAUUUGGGUUUGUAUGGGAAGUUCAUCAUUAUUCAUUUGGAGAGAAGUAAAACAUGUUUGAUGCAUUUUCGAAGACCAAUGAAGAUGGAGCAGAAGCAAACUUGCCGCCACUCCUGAUACAGCUCCCUACACAUUCCAUGAUUAAUUCUCCCCAUGCUUACCAUAAUUACUCUCCAUAUAAUCAGUUUGUGAAUUAUAGCCCAUCCAUCUUAAGCCAUUACCAUGGUAAUCAGUAUCCAUCAUCUCUGAGCCCUUGUUUUUUUAGCAACACUCCUCUUAUGCCACCAUACCUUAGUGCACCAGGGAUACCACAGUAUGGGUCUUCACCGUUGUUUCACACAGGUGCUGGAUAUCACCUUACCCAUGGUUCCCCACAUUUAGGUGGCUUAUAUCAUGGGACAUUUUUCUCGCCAGGGCAGGCUGGAUUGCCUCUCCAUGCUGCAGCUAUUAUUGGAGAUGAACAGAAAGUUAAAGAACUUUUACAAGAUGAAAGUGUGAACCUAGAAACUCAUGAUCGUUGGGGUCGAGUAGCACUGGUUUAUGCUGUUCUUGGCAGUCACCUUGAGAUAGUUGAACUCCUUCUCUCUGCUGGGGCAAAACCAGAUGCUGUUGAUGCACAGAAGUGCACACUACUUCACUUUGCUGCUUACAAGGGUAACCAUGGGGCUAUCAAAUGUCUUUUACAUGCUGUGGAAACAAAAUCCAAUGCCCUUGGAGAGAAACACAGUGCAGUUUGGCUGGCUCAGGAUAUGAGGGGUGUAACCCCACUUCACCAUGCUGCUCAUCAUAGCAAUCAAAAAUGUCUGCAGGCCCUAGUGAAGUAUGUCUCACCUGGGACUUUAGAUGCUGUUGAUCACAAAAAGAGAACACCCUUGCAUUGGGCUGCAGCUUAUGGUUCAGAUGAAAAUGUCAAGCUAUUGAUAAAACAAGGUGCAAAUAAUCUGAUGCCAGAUCAGGAAGGUAAAACUCCUCUUCAUUGGGCAGCUAUGUGUAAAGCUCCAGGUGCCAAAGGAUGUGUCAAAACUCUGAUUUCUGCAGCUCCCUCCAGUGUGAACUGGCAGGAUUUUGAUGGUAUUACAGCUCUGCAUUUAGCUGUUGCUGAAACAAGGCUUGAUGCUGUUGAUAUAAUACUGUCCGUCCCUAAAUGUAAUGUAGAUUUGACAGACAACCAGUUUCGAACUGCACUUCACUGGGCUUGCAGUAGAGGAGUUACAACAAUUGUUGGACGACUGUUAGACCGCGGUGCACAUAUUGGAGCUGUUGAUCUGUAUGGUGCUACUCCAUUGCAUUAUGCUGCUCAGCUUAAUCAUGCUGAUACUGUGGAACUGCUGGUUCGACGUCCAUGUGUGCGAGAUGAUCCCUCCAAAGAAGGUUAUACUGCAUUGUUCUGGGCAGCUGCACGGGGCUCAGAUUCGGCUAUUACAGCUAUGGUUAAACAUGGUGCAUCUCUCACAAAAGUAGGUCCCAGAGGUUGCACUCCCUUGCACAUAGCUGCAGGAGCUGGGCACAUCUCUACAGUAGGAGUUUUACUCCGUUUACAAGCACCUGUUGAUGUCUGUGCUGAUGAUGGCCGCACACCACUGCUUCAUGCUGCUCAGGCAGGUCAUGCACAUAUCGUAAAACUUUUGGCUAAAGAGGGUGCGUCCUUAGAUCACCGAGAUAAUGAAGGACAGUGUGCACUUCAUCAUGCUGUUUUAAAUGGCCAUCUGUACCUUGCACAAAUACUCAUUAGAGCAGGGACCUCGGUAAAUAUCCAGGAUUAUUCUGGUCGCACUCCUCUGCACAUGGCUGCUUAUAGAGGCCUCAGUGACAUAAUGUUUUUGUUGCUGGAAAACCGUGGGGAUGUUAAUGCACGUGAUCACGAGGGUCAGAGUCCUUUGCAUUGGGCAGCACAACAGGGACAUUUGGGAGCGGUGAACACUUUACUUGAUUUCCAUGCAUAUCCAAAUUACACGCAGACUACAUUGAACGGGUACACUCCAUUAGAUUGUGCGUAUGUUGCAGAGCAAUUUGAAAUUGCGCAGGUUCUGAUGGAAGCUGGAGGCUUAUCUGUAACAAAAAUCAGGGAUAUUGCAGCAUCUAGGAUCCAGGCGGUGAUCCGUGGCUUUUUAGCUAAAAGAGAAUACAAAAAGCUUUUAUCUAACAAAGACCAGGAAAGUAUGAGCUUGUUGUCAGGUGAAGAGGUUUCAGGGAGUCAAGUUCCCUCCAAGCCAGCUACUAGUACUUCAGUAAAAACUACCAUGCAAGAAGUAGGUCACCAAUAUUUGUUUAAAUUAGAAAGCAAGAGAUCUGUCAGCCUCAAGAGGAUUUGAUUGUUCCUGCAGGUUAUGUGGAAGCCACUGAUGUAAAGUUCAGAGAUAAAAUUGUCACAAUUAAUGAGGUAAGCUAUAUGUAUAGUAU